GUGCUGUGGAGCCGCAGUUCGGCCGGGAGGGUGUGAGGGCGGUUAUGGCGGCAACGUUCUUCGGGGAGGUGGUGAGGACGCCGUGCCGAGCCGGGACGGAGGACGAGGAGGAGGAGGAAGAGGAGGGGAGGAGGGAGACGCCCGAAGACGGGGAGGUCCGGCAGCAACUGGCGCGGAAGAGGGAGGUGCGGCUCCUUCGAAGACAAACAAAAACAACUUUGGAAGUUUCUCUGCUAGAAAAAUAUCCUUGCUCCAAGUUUAUAAUUGCUAUAGGAAAUAAUGCAGUAGCAUUUUUGUCGUCAUUCAUCAUGAAUUCAGGAGUCUGGGAAGAAGUUGGUUGUGCUAAACUCUGGAAUGAAUGGUGUAGGACAGUGGACACUACACACCUGUCCCCCACAGAGGCUUUUUGUGUGUUUUAUCACCUAAAAUCGAAUCCCUCGGUUGUGCUCUGUCAAUGUAGUUGCUACGUUGCUGAAGAUCAGCAGUAUCAGUGGCUGGAAAAGCCGCAUAAUCCUGAUAAUCACACACAGUCCAACAGUUGUCAAGUAUUCUGGCUUCAGAUGGUUUUUGGCUCUUGUCCAAGGAAGAAUAUGCAAGUAACUAUUCUUACAUGUCGACAUGUUACUGACUAUAAAACUUCAGAAUCUACCAGCAGUCUUCAUACUCCUUUCCUGAAAGCCCUAAAAACACAGAAUUUCAGAGAGCCUCCUUGCUGUUCACUGCUAGAACAACCAAAUAUCGUACAUGACCUUCCUGCGGCAGUUCUGAGUUAUUGUCAAGUAUGGAAAAUCUCUGCAAUUCUGUACUUAUGUUAUACUGAUGUGAUGAAAUUAGACCUAAUCACAGUUGAAGCUUUUAAGCCUGUACUUUCUUCCAGAAGCUUGAAAAGUUUGGUUAAGAAUAUUCCCCAGAGCACAGAGAUACUGAAGAAAUUGAUGACAACAAAUGAGAUUCAGAGUAACAUUUACACAUGAUUCCAAAGAUUGUUUUGUAGAGUAUAUUACCCAUCCAUUCCUUUAAGGGGAGCCGCGUGCACUGUUUUGUAGGUUACUUUUUUUUCAGGGGAGUAUUUUCAGGAUGUUAACAGAAUAAACUUAUUUUAAAUUCA